AUGCUAUCGCAACUACUUGCCCUGGCUCACCUUUGUCUUUUAUGGCCUCUAGCCGUGUCCGCAAUCAGCCCUGUCCGCCUCGCCGAACUUCGCAACGCAACUACACAGGUCUUCCACCAUGGCUGGGACAACUACAUGCGCAUUGCCUUCCCAGAGGACGAGCUGCGCCCAAUCUCCUGCACCCCACUGACGCGCGAUCCCGCGAACCCCGGAAACUACGACCUCAACGAUGUCCUUGGGAACUACUCCUUGACCCUCAUCGAUAGCCUAUCGACUUUGGCGAUCCUCGCAGGAACUCCCUCCGAUCACAACACUGCUGUGUGGGCUUUACAGGAAUUCCAGCAGAGCGUGGCGGCUUUCGUUGAGUACUACGGUGACGGCAGACAAGGCCCUUCCGGAGAAGGGCGAAGAGCACGGGGGUUCGAUCUUGACAGCAAAGUCCAGGUCUUCGAGACGGUCAUCAGAGGGGUCGGUGGUCUACUGAGCGCACAUCUUUUUGCCGUUGGAGAGUUGCCGAUACCGGGAUACAACCCAGGCCAUGUCUUGGAUGAGGACGAGGAAUCAGAUCCAUUGGAACUGCACCCUAUAUCCUGGCCGAACGGCUUCAAGUACGAUGGUCAACUCCUGAGGCUAGCCUUGGAUCUCGCGGAACGACUACUCCCUGCUUUUUACACAAAGACAGGUCUUCCAUACCCUAGGGUCAACCUGCGACAUGGUAUUCCGUUUUACGUCAAUUCCCCGCUACACAAGGUCUCCCGCGAUGACCCAGACUCGCCUCGAACUACAAACGAGAAAACAGAUACGUGCAGCGCCGGCGCAGGAAGUCUUGUUUUGGAGUUCACCGUUCUCAGUCGACUCACGGGCGAUCCGAGAUUUGAGCAGUUAGCCAAGCGGGCGUUUUGGGCAGUCUGGAAAGCCAAGAGCGAAAUUGGUCUCAUCGGGAAUGCCAUUGACCCUGAAAAGGGCGAAUGGGUUAGCUUUGACUCGGGUAUAGGUGCCGGCGUUGACAGUUUCUUCGAGUAUGCUUUGAAAAGCCAUAUCCUGCUGUCGGGUCAUGAGCUCCCCAACGUCACAAUAUCAGAGCCACCCACGGACCGACAAUGGCUCGAUCCCAACACGUUGCACGACACGCCGCUGACCCCGGAAGAGAACUCUGCGGGGGCUUUUCUGGAGGCAUGGCAUCAUGCACAUGCGGCGAUCAAGCGUCAUUUGUACAACGAUGCUCAUCAUCCGUAUUACAUGACGGGUCACCGGACCCGUGGGUAUGCUUUUACGAGCUGGAUUGACAGUCUCGCGGCGUUCUAUCCCGGUUUGCUUGCCAUGGCUGGCGAAGUUGAAGAGGCAGAGGAAGCCAACUUGCUCUACACAGCCCUCUGGACUCGCUAUGGUGCUUUGCCCGAGCGAUGGUCUGUACGCGAUCGACAGGUCGAUUCCGGCAUUGGCUGGUGGCCUGGUCGGCCCGAGUUCAUCGAGUCGAACUACUACUUGUAUCGUGCUACGAACGACCCUUGGUACGUGCACGUUGGGGAAAUGGUCCUUAGUGAUAUCAAGAGGCUGUGUUACACAAAGUGCGGUUGGUCCGGGUUACAAAACGUCGACACAGGGGAGAAGGCCGACCGCAUGCAAAGCUUUUUCCUGGGUGAAACCACCAAGUACCUGUACUUGCUUUUCGACCCAGACCACCCUCUGAACAAGCUUGAUGCUGCUUAUGUUUUUACAACCGAGGCGCAUCCUCUGAUAAUCCCUCGACGGAAGACAAAGCCAAAGAAGAAGCAGAAGUCCCGCCAGUGGGCCAAGGGCGUCAACGUCUACUAUGACGAAAACUUCACAAACACUUGCCCUGCUCCGGUAAAACAAGUACCCUUGACCGGAUCGGUUCUCGCCGCGCGAGCAGACGUCUUCCACGCGGCAAGUUUCGUCAACCUUCAUACCAUAUCCAACCCGAGGAGUGGGGUGGAGUUUGUUCCUGCCGGCAAAGGAAGCAAUGGCUCAAUCUCCAGAUACAAGGCAAACCAUACAUUUUUUCCCUGGACAUUGCCACGGUCUCUCAUUCCCGACAACGGUACUUGCGCGGCGUUACCUUUCAAGCCUACACUCAUCAUCGAGUUUCCAUCAAGUAUUCAGCAGGGCAGUGUCGGCAGCGCUUUUAACAACCUCUUUGCUAAUACUGCCGCCUUCAAAACACCGGUCGGCGUCAGAAUAUCUGCUCUUAGCGGGCUGAAAGUCCACUUCGUUCAGGAGGACACAUUCGACUCUGCAUACGAUCAUACCUGGCGGGUUACGCAAGUUAACCACAUGCCCCUGGGGCGGGAUGAACCUGUCCACAUCGACGCAGACCUCCUGAAUGGGAUCUCCGACCCUCUCUUCAACCGUGUUCGGUACAAUGGAUUCAUUGAACUCAUAAUGAUGCAUGGAGAGCCAGAGGAGCGUAAUGCCAGCGCUCCAGUGCCCGCUGAGGGACUUGAAGUCGAAAUUGGUGACCUCGACGAUCAGGUUCAGCUUACCGAAGAGGCCAGGUCUGAGCUUGCGGAAGACCAGGCUGCGGGGAAGAGCAUGAACACUGCGUAUCGGUCCAUGCUCAAGUCCAUGAUCCGCGCUGUCACGUCGGUCUUUGAUCCUACCAAUACUCCGGCGCCUCGUCCCGCAGGAACUCAGGCGAAAUUCCAUGUCGAGAGUUAUAUGGGGGCUUUGGCUGUGGGUAAGGGGGCUGUUCCACUCCCUGAUAUCCCCGACGCAUCCAUCCCCACCGACGAUGUUCCUCCAAAUCUCCAGUGGCAGACAGUCUACCGCGCAGGUUUUGGCUGCGACGGCCGCCUGCCGGACGAGGCGCCCCGCCAUCAUCAAGUCAUUGUCAUGCGCCGUGGGGGUUGCUCCUUUAGCGAGAAGAUCGCCAACAUCCCCUCCUACACGCCCUCAGCGCGCUCCCUCCAGCUCGUUAUUGUUGUCGAUGAGGACGAGCUCGAGAACAACUACGUCUUCAGCGCCCCAGACAUGUGGGAGUAUGAGAUGAUCAAGCCUCAUCUCGACGUCGAGCAGAUUACGCCGGCAGGACUGCGGCGGCCGCAUCCCAUUGCCAUGGUGAUGAUUCGCGGCGGCGGACCCGAGGCGUACGAGAAGUUCGGAAAUGCUCUGGGGGUGGGCGUCCGUAGGAAGUACUUCAUUGAGACGCAAGGACGGAGGGUGGACAACAUCAUUGUCCUUUGA